AUGAGUUCCUUGCGCUUCCUUGACCUGGUCAAGCCCUUCGUGCCGUUCCUCCCUGAGGUUCAGCAGCCGGAGACCAAGAUUCCCUUCAACCAGAAGCUGAUGUGGACGGCCCUGACCCUCCUCAUCUUCCUCAUCAUGAGCCAGAUGCCCCUCUACGGCAUUGUCUCCUCGGACAACUCCGACCCCCUAUACUGGCUGCGUAUGGUCAUGGCGAGUAACCGCGGUACCCUCAUGGAGCUCGGUAUCACCCCCAUCAUCUCCUCCGGCAUGGUCUUCCAGCUCCUCGCCGGCACCCACAUGAUCGACGUCAACCUUGACCUCAAGUCCGACCGCGAGCUGUACCAGACCGCCCAGAAGCUCCUCGCUUUCGUCCUGUCCGCCGGUACCGCCACCGUCUACGUCUUCUCUGGCCUCUACGGCCCGCCCUCCGACCUCGGUGCCGGUAUCGUCUUCCUGCUCAUCCUCCAGCUCGUCGUCGCCGGCAUGAUUGUCAUUCUCCUCGACGAGCUCCUGCAGAAGGGAUACGGCCUCGGCUCCGGCAUCUCGCUCUUCAUCGCCACCAACAUUUGCGAGUCCAUCAUGUGGAAGGCCUUCUCCCCCACGACCAUCAACACCGGCCGUGGUCCCGAGUUUGAGGGCGCCGUCAUCGCCCUCUUCCACCUGCUCCUCACCUGGCCCAACAAGCAGCGUGCUCUGCAGGAGGCUUUCUACAGGCAGAACCUCCCCAACAUUAUGAACCUCCUUGCCACUCUGGCCGUGUUUGGCGCCGUCAUCUACCUCCAGGGCUUCCGCGUCGAGAUCCCCGUCAAGUCCUCGCGCCAGCGUGGUGCUCGCGGCUCGUACCCCGUCCGCCUGUUCUACACCUCCAACAUGCCCAUCAUGCUGCAGUCGGCUCUGUCCUCCAACGUCUUCCUCAUCAGCCAGAUGCUCUACUCCCGCUUCUCUGACAACCUCCUCGUCCGUCUCUUCGGUGUCUGGGAGGCCAAGGAGGGCACCUCGCAGCUGUCUGCCAUUUCCGGUCUUGCCUACUACAUGUCCCCCCCCCUCAACAUGAAGGACGCUCUGAUUGACCCUAUCCACACGGUCGUCUACAUCGCCUACAUGCUGACUGCCUGCGCCGUCUUCUCCAAGACCUGGAUCGAGGUGUCUGGUUCCAGCCCCCGCGAUGUCGCCAAGCAGCUCAAGGACCAGGGUCUCGUCAUGGCCGGUCACCGUGACCAGUCCAUGUACAAGGAGCUCAAGCGCAUCAUCCCCACCGCCGCCGCCUUCGGCGGUGCCUGCAUUGGUGCUCUCUCUGUCGCCAGUGACCUCAUGGGCGCCCUCGGCUCCGGUACCGGUACCCUUCUGGCUGUCACCAUCAUCUACGGCUACUUCGAGAUCGCCGCCAAGGAGGGUGACCUUUCGGGCAUGAAGGGCAUGAUCAUGGGCUAG